AGGUCAAUGUACUACCGAUGUGUUUGUGACACCAAAUGAAGAAAUCAGGGAUAUACUGUUAAAUUGUCACUCAAGCACAGCAUACUGGCUACUGUAAGAGUAUGGCUGUAGCACACUGGAGCACUCCAGAUGAAAAGAAUGUGCUAAAAGUGACCUGUGAAAUAUUUGAACCAGAGGUGGCUGUUGUGGAACAGCAGAAACAUAAUGAAGGCCAUGGUGCAGACAAACAAGAUCAUGGAAAGAAAGGAGACAGGGAAAGAGGAAAAAAGCAUGGCCACAGACAUGGACAUGGGCACACUAAGCAUGGGGACAAACAUGGACAUAAACAUGACCACAAACAUGAUCAUGACCAUAACAGUGAAAGUCACGAGCAUGAGCACGAUCAUGAGAAUCUACACAAUUAUGAGCAUCAUCAUGGCCAGCCACAAAGGCCUUAUGGUCCUCCAUCAGAUCCACCUAAACCAGUUGGCACAAUUACAUAUCUUUCUGGAAAUGAAGCACCAACUACGGAUGCUACUCCAGAUCAAGAAAAGAAGGUUGAAGGAGCAAAACCAGAUAAGAAGCAGGAAAGAAAACCAUCUAAAUCAUUUAUUCGCCCUUUCCCUGAGAAGGCCUCGGUAUCAGACCAAUGCCCUGGUCCAGCCAUGAAUAUUCCAAUUACUGAAAAUAUUCCUAUUGUAGAAGUUGUUCAAGAAUCAACAACACUUCCAAAGUAGAUGUGAUAGAAAUGAUUCUGAUAACACACUCUUGUAUUUCCUAUUUUUGUAAAGAACACCUGCUAGACUGCAUUUCA